AUGAAGUUCACCGAUAUACUCGCCCUAAGAGCCAUCUAUACCCUAAAACUUCCUCAGCUCGUGCCACUGGAGGGAACCUUUACAUACGAACAGCUCGCGGAAGCCGUAAAGGUCAACGAACUCAUCCUCCGUCGCUUUGUCCGUUAUGCCAUAACUAUCGGUCUCUUCACAGAGCCUGAGCCGAACCAGGUGGCACAUUCUGCUGCAUCUCGACACCUUGUCGAAGUUCCUGCUGCUUUCGAUGCUUUGGGAAUGAGCAUUGAGGAGCUGGCUCCAGCCUCACAGAGGGCUAUUGAGGCACUGCAGCGGUAUCCACAGGCGACGGAGCCUAAUGAGACAGGUUACAAUAUCGCCCACAGUACAGACCUGCCUUUCUACAGAGCCUUGGCUCAGCAACCGGAACGUGCGCGACGUUUCGGCGCUGGAAUGAGGUAUUUUACCGACCGCGAUAACUAUGACCUGCGUCAUCUCGUUGCAGCUUUCCCAUGGCAUGAUUUCGAUAGAUCAGACUUCACAGUUGUGGAUGUUGGAGGUGGCCAAGGCGGCGUCAGUAAAAAGCUUGCUUCCGUCACUGAGCACAUGCACUUCAUCGUUCAAGAUCUAGAGGGAACCAUCAAGGACGGAAUCGAUGUACUUCCGGCAGAGCUUAAAGGAAGAGUCAAGUUCAUGGGCCACGACUUCUUCACUCCACAAAAGGCUACUGGAGAUGUUUACCUCUUCCGUUGGAUAUUCCACAAUUGGAGCGACAAAUACUGUCAAGACAUUCUGCGCAAUCUCAUCCCAGCGCUGAAGCACGGAGCCCGGGUUCUGCUGUAUGAGGAUGAACGAGGAGAUGCUCCAGAGACUAGGAUGAGUAGGAGAGACGUAAAGUAA